AUGCUGUUUAAAAACCUCGCGAUUGCUGAGCAAGAAAACGACACAUUAAUAUCUCAGCAUUUCAUACGAGUUAUAAUUAACAUUGGCCUCAAAAGAGGAGUUAGGCAAGGCGAUACCAUCUCGCCAAAAUUAUUUGCCGCCACCCUCCAGAAUGUCAUGCGAACACUGGAAUGGGAGAACAUGGGAGUGAAAAUCGAUGGUUGGCAGUUACAUCAUCUUCGUUUUGCUGAUGACAUCGUCCUUAUCGCACCAAAUAUUAGCCAAGCGAAACGUAUUCUUGCCGACUUUGAUAGAGCAUGUGGAAAGAUUGGUUUUCAACCAAAUCUCACAAAAACGGUGUUCAUGAAGAACGGAUUGGUUUCGCAUGCCCCAUUCACGCUCAACGGAACGAAUAUCUCUGAAUGCUCCAGUGACGUCUAUCUAGGGCGGGAAAUCAAUAUGAUGAACGACCUUGCUCCAGAGCUGUGCAGAAGGAAACGAGCGACUUGA